AUGGACCGGCGUGUGGAGCCGUACAAGCGCGCGGGGACCACCUCGUAUGGCUUCUGCGUCGGAUACCACGACCAGAACGAUCGAUCGGGAGCCGGCCAGUGCCGACGAUGCAAUGUCAUCAUGCGCCUGCGCAUCGGAAUCCGCGUACCAGGAUUCCUCAGGCCGAAAUGGUAUCAUCCGGAGUGCUUCUGGAAGACAAUGUCCGAGGGAGUGGAUCGGAUCUCUACCAAGUGCAUCGAAGGCAUCGAUCAGAUCAGUUUCGAGGAUCAGGUGAGAAUCAUCGAGGACAUCCAUAAAUACGAAACUUCGCCGCAUCUCCGGAACAUUCCGCUCGGCAAAGAGGUCGGUAAUCCUUUUUUUUCGCAUCUACUCCCAAUCUUUAUGUUUUCAGCUCUUCCGUAUAACCAAUAAACCCGCGACUUCGGUAAUGAGGGUUCAGCAACCUACCAGCGUGCUGUUUCUCAACAAAAUACGGGUCAUGACAAUGCACGUUCCCAGGUGAUUCGCAAUAAAGCGCAUUUACAGUUUUUACCAUUUUCCAGGGGUAACUGUCAAGAGUGUUCAGUGGAAUUCGUGCCAUGCGAGGUCGUGGUGUCUGUCGACCAAGAAAAAGUGCACAUGCUCUGUGCCUACGUGGGCACCACCUUUCAGGUCGGCUCUUUGGAAAUGGUGGAAGGAUACCGGAGCCUCGACAAAAACUCGGCGGCGUUGUUCCAGGAGUCGUAUGAAGCGAGGAAGCAGGCGAUGAAAGAGGAGAAGUUGGCAGUGCACCUCAAGUCAUUCAGGAAAGAGGACAACUCUUGUAUCGUUCUGUCGAACAUAACAGCCAACUCGUGGCAAAAGGGGUACAUGCUCUGCAGCUACUGCCGAACACAGCUCCUGCCCGGACAGCUCACCUUCUCGCUCAACUUUGCCGACGCACACGCUCACUGCGUGCUCCGCGACGCCAUCGUCGUUAUCGACCCGCUCCAGUCGAUCGCCAAUUGGAACGAGCUCACGGAUGAAGUGAGAAAGAAGUUGACUCUGCUCUACACCAUUGCCUCGUUGUCUCCGACCACACGAGCCGCUUCGCACAUUCGGGUGCCCGAGGAUCGCGCGGUUCCGGCGCCGGGAGUAGUCCAACACAUCAGCAAGAUCAUGCGCGAUUUCACUACCUCAAAGGUCGAUUUGAAAAAUCCGGAACAAAAGAGACAAGUCACAGUCAUGUGCAAUCUACGUUCCGCGUUCCAGACGCUCACAGAUGCCGACUUCGAAAUCAUUCUGAAGCAUAACAAUCAAGAAGUGCCUGAAGAUAGAGAUGAGGUAAUAUUUUAUGAAAUCUCCAGAAACCGACAAAUAGCAUUUGUGUUUCCAGAAAAUCGAGCGACUCGUCGACAUUUUCAUGUUCGGAUCACCCAAAAGAUGUCAGAAAUGCAACGGCAUCGUCAACUUCCACACUUCUCUCCGCAAGUACAAGUGCAACAACUGGGCGACUCCGUUCUCCAAAUGCGACUUCAAAAGCAAAAACCCGCCGCGCACCAGUUUCGAGAUUCCGGAUAAAUACUGGAAUGUGUUCGAGACGCUCCUUUAUGAUAUAAAUGUGAGCACACUUUCUGCCGCCUAGUUUAAACCUUUUGUUUUCAGCAACACAAGACACGUUACUAUGCGUCGACAAUGGAAACGAUCUCGGAAACGACGAAAAAGAUGACGAAGAAGGUGGUCCUUCCGUCCGAAGUGCUCGGAACAAGACUAUCGGCGGGAAAAGUGAUGGAGGCGGUGAACAGUCCGCACUACAAAACUGGCUACUUCCGCAAACAAGGCUCGGCGGUCCCGGUGAUCUUCCCGCAGGCGAACGACUAUCACGUGAUGCGAACAGAUGAGAACGAGGCGUACGAGGCCUUUCUGACGGACGUCGAGGUGCAGCACAACCGGAACUCGGCCAUUCAGCUGUUUCUGAUGAAACACGACCACGGAAUGAAGUUUGUCGUCUUCAAAGUGUUUUCUCGUAUCGGCACGAAGCUCAUCGAGCACGAAUCGACGCCGUUCGAUAUGUGCGACGAGGCGGUGAAGUACUUUAACGACGAGUUCUACAAGGCCACCGGAGGGAAAUGGGAUCGCAAGGAGGCGGUCGACUCGAAGCAGCCGGGAAAGUACUUCUGGGUGAGAAUCGCGCACGAACCGAUAUUUGAUCCGCAAUCGCUGACUGUGCCAAACGAGUUCCUUCCGCCGCGCUUCCACACUGAUCAUCAAGGGAUGGGCCACAUCGACCAUGAGAUGAAGGAGUUUGCCAGGAAAAGUCUGCAAUAUCUGAAGCAGAAGAUAUCCGCGAGAACGGCCACCAAUUGGGACUACAUCGACACAACCAACCGUGUCUUUUCGGCGUUCCCCACUAAUAACGGUUUCGAAAACCACCACCUAAUUAACAGUUAUCAAAGAAUCAGUGCUGUGAUAACGCUCCUCGAUGUCGCCGAACCACAAUUCUUCCCGGAGCGGUUGCACCCGUCCAUCGAUCUGCAACUGACCCACAAGGCUAAUCAGUCGUUGCGAUAUCUGAAUCGCGACUCGGAAGACUGGCAGAUAAUCGACGCGUACUUCCGCGCCUCACAAAGUCUCGGUCAUCGCUGCUACAACGCUGCCGAAAUACUUGAGAUCUACACAGUCAACCGCGUCGACCACGUGCCCGCAAAGUACCCCGGAAAGCCGAUGCUUCUGUGGCACGGAACUCGCAAAGAGAACAUCUCGUCGAUUUUGGAGCGGGGUCUUCUGACCGACCCGGGACACGCGGCGCGCCACGGCAAAAUGUUCGGCAACGGAAUCUAUUUUGCCGAUGCUUUUGUCAAGAGUUAUGGCUAUGCGAACGUAAGAUUCAUGUGAAUAAAGGUAUGAAAAAUGCUGAGAUUUUCAGAGAGAACGAGGCGACGCAUACCUGUUUUUGUGCGAAGUGGCCGUCGGCAAAGUGUUCGAGAACACGACGGCGAUGGGCGAACGCGCUAUCCUGGCCACGUUGCAAUCGGAAGAGUACGACUCAAUCAAAGGCGUCGGAAAGUGGGCGCCGGAGACGAAGCACGACAAGACGUGGAAGGAUAUGAUCGUGUUUCUCGGAAAGCUCAACACGAACAGAACCAACGCCGCCGGGCUCAACUACAACGAGUUCGUUUGAGAGUGUGCGAAAGACAUUUGACGAAAUUUCCCAUUUUCAGGUACAUUGUAUACGAAGAGGAUCGCGUCACGCUCAGAUAUCUCGUCAAAGUGAAGACCGACGGAAAAGGAUCGCUCUAA